AUGGAUCCUCUUAGUACCGUUGCAUCCAGCAAAUCACUGGUACGGGCCAUUUAUGAGACGUACACGACAAUCCACGCCAUCAAGGGCCGUCCCAAAGCGUUUGACAGGGUCAACAAGAGCCUGCAGCUUAUUCAACUAGCCCUUUGGAAAAUACAAACCCACCGCUCUGGUCCCAGUGCCGAUGCUUUGCUGGCAAACGCCAUUCGGCCAUUCACACGCCGGUGCGAACAGAAGAUCAGGGUGCUUUACGACAUUUUUGUCAAUUUGAAGCAUGGUUUGGGGAGCGAUUCCUGGCAAAGACAGACGUGGGCGGACCUUGGCCAAAACCGCCGCAGUGUCCUUCUCGAGCUUGCAGAGGGAAACAAAGUCGAGGCCCUCAUGCAGGAAAUCCUGGCGGACUUGGUCAUUGUGGACCAGUACCAGACAUUUGGCGUGGCCACCGAGAGCCAGGUAGCACAGUUGCAGAGGAGGAUGGAGGAGCUGUCAACGACAAAGUCCGUCACGGCCGACGCGGUUGCAGCAGCACCGAAACCGCUUAUUGCUGGUGGAGGAACUGGUUACCAGAAUCAUCAGGGUAACUCGGGGACGGGGCACCAGGCGGUCGACGAAGAUGCAACAAAACGACAGGCAAUCAAGAAGACUCUACAUACGACACCGUACAAGGACGACAAAAACCGGAGUCCGUUUCCUGUUCCCGGCACGUGCAAGUGGUUUGUUGGACAUACGCUGUUCAGGCAGUGGUGUAACAGUAGCGAGUCGACCAUUCUUUGGGCGUCUGCGGAUCCUGGGGCUGGCAAGUCUGUCCUGGCAAGACAUCUCGUCGACACCAUAUUGCCUCGAGAACUCGGAUCCAGCUUGAUCUGCUAUUUCUUCUUCAAAGACGAGGAUGACGGCAAACGCUCGGCUAAAAGCGCGCUGCGAUGCAUGCUCCAUCAGGUCUUCGAGCAGAGAGAAGAGCUUCUUUCUGACAGAAUCGUCAAUCGAUUCGGGGGUGGCGGUGGUUACGAGACCAACUCCUUAGCCGAUACUUGGGACAUCUUUACCCAAACACUGUCGCAAAGACUCCCCGGCGAAGACCAUAUCAGCGUUGUGUGUGUCAUCGACGCCCUAGACGAAUGCGAUGGCAGUGAGCAGGCCGAUUUCAUGGGGCUGCUGUGCAACUACUACCAACAAAUCGGUCAAGAUUCUCGUUUCAGCAUCAAGAUGCUCAUCACCAGUCGGCCUUACAGCUCAAUCCGCAAAGGCCUUCAUCCUCUGGAAUCGAAUGGACUCUCUCUUAUUCAUUUAAGGGGCGAGACGGACGAGGAGAUCGAGAAAAUCAAACAGGAGAUUGAUCUUGUCAUCCAAGCCGAGGUCGACCAGCUGCAGUCCUAUUUUCAGCUCGAGGAUUCCGAAAAGGAGGCGUUGCUGGCCGGGCUACAAAAGUUCGACAAUAGGACAUAUCUCUGGGUUCAUCUCACACUGGACGUGAUCAAAGCCCAGUUCGACGAAGAUAUGGAUCUGGCCAUCAUCGCAUCGAGUUUACCACCUUCGGUUGAUGCGGCAUAUGAGCGCAUGCUCUCGAGCAGCCCCGACAAGGAAAAGGCCAAACGACUUCUGCAUUUUCUUGUUGCAGCAUUGCGGCCCUUGACAGUCGAGGAGCUGAACUUUGCGCUGGCUUUGCUACCACACCACCGCAACUAUGAUGAGGUGGUGAUGAUACCGGAAGCACGGUUCCGUGAACACAUCCGAGAGCUCUGCGGAUUGCUUGUGACGGUCAUCGACUCCAAAGUGUAUCUUCUGCACCAAACGGUGAAGGAAUUCCUCGUGUGGGACAAAGACAUCGACAGCGAAGAGGCCUCGUCAACACACGGACCUCGUUUGGUGUGGAAAUAUUCUCUCCAUGGACAAGAAUCGCAACAAAUUAUAGCCAACGCUUGCAUGCGGAGUUUACAUCUCCAUGAUACCGAGGAGAUGUUAUCGUCCGCAAAGUCCACCACAAACACCUUCCUAUUGUAUUCUGCUCAUUAUUGGGUUAACCACUUUCUCGCAUCGGAGACCAAAGCGAGCGAUGCUGCCUUGGCUCUUGUAUCUAUGCGACACGCUCCGAAAUGUCCCGCAGCGUGGUUCAUGGUAUACUUUUUUCAUUUUGAGACGAAGUAUCCCCUCGGCUUUACGAGGUUGAUGGUUGCGUCAUAUUGUGGUCUCGAACAGAUUGUCAAGCGUCUGUUGAGACACCCCAGCGCCGAUUUGAAUGCGAAGGAUAGCGUAGGUCGGUCGGCACUCUCCUGGACUUCCAAUAUGGCAUGUGACCAGCUCAGCUUUGAGACAUUACACGGUCAGGUCGAUGGAUUUGCAAGGGAGACAAUGGUGGCUGCAGCAGGGACAAGAUACGCAACUGUCGCCCGGUUGCUUAUCGACGCUGGUGCAGAGGUCGAUUCGAUGGAUGUCCACAACCUGACGCCCUUUUAUUAUGCAAUCAAACAUGGCUGCAGCAUUACCGCCCGGCUUCUUCUCCAAUUCGGAGCGAAUGUCAAUACUUUGGGCAGCUCGGGCGAAACGCCGGUGGACGUGGCCACUACCAGAAGCGAGGAGGCCACCGUACGAUGGUUGCUUGAGGCUGGGGCGGAUAUCAUGAUACAUGAUAGAACUCGCCGCUCCCUUUUUCGAUGGUCCGUCCUCACGGGGGAAGAAAGCCUUGUACAGAUGCUGCUCGAUGCUGGUACAGACGUGGCCAUAGCGAAUAUACCCGAUGAGAUCGGUGUAAGUCCGCUUGACAUAGCCAUCAUCGAAGGCCGGAAUUCUGUUAUACAGAUGCUGCUCGACGCUGGUUUAGACACGAAUUUGCUUGACGGGUUGGGUUCAACGUCGCUCCACACAGCCAUCCUCCAUGGCCAGGAUUCUAUUAUAAGGAUGCUGCUCGAUGCUGGUGCCGAUCCAAAUUUAGUCGACAACUUGGGUUCAAGUCCCCUUGCCACAGCCAUACACGAUAGCCAGGAUUCUGUUAUACAGAUGCUGCUCGAUGCUGGUGCCAAUCCAAAUAUGACCGACGAGUCGGAUGAAAGCCCGCUUAACUGUGCCAUCGCCGAAGACCGGGUUUCAAUUGUACGAAUGCUGCUCGAUGCUGGAGCGGAUCCAAAUGCAGCCGGCGAGUUGAACAGAAGUCCACUUGAAGUCGCCGCCUGCGAUGGCCGGAUUUCUGCUAUGCAGAUUCUGCUCGAUGCUGGGGCUGACCCGAACUCAAAGGAAUCUACAGGAUUAAGCCAUCUGACAACAGCAGUCCUCCAUGACAGGGAAUCUGUUUUACGGGUUCUGCUCGAUGCAGGUGUUGAUCCGAAUGUGAGCGACAUGACAGGCUUAACUCUGCUUGAAUUAGCCGCUUUACGCGGCCAGGAAUCCGUGGUCCGCAUUCUGCUCGAUGCCGGUGCCGAUCCGAAUGCUAGCGAUGGUCAACAAAUGCGAUCGCUUGGAGCAGCCGUCUCCCAAGACCGGGAAUCUGUGGUGCGGAUGCUCCUCGAUGCUGGCGCCGAUGUGACAUUGUACGGUGAGGGACUGCUUCUACUAGCCAAAUCCCGGGGCCAAGAUUCAAUUGUACGGAUGCUGACCGAAGCUGGUGUCGAUGCGGAACUGGACGACGUUGAUGGGGUGAAUCUUCCUCAAAUUGCUCGUAGCUAG